CUCAUAAGAAGGCUUUACAGCUACUUUAGCUCUGUUGGUACUACGGGCAAUUAAUUUAAUUUUUACCCCUCGACCACCUGUAUAAUUAAUUGUUUUACCCCUGAGUUUACAGAACGAGUACAACGAAAUUCAUACCUCUUUACAACCAAGAACUUCUUCCUACUACCCAGAUGAAUACCCAAAGAAACAAGCAGUUCACUAUUUCUUCCAAACAUAUUUGUGCUUGAGGCAAAUUGAACACUGAACUCAGAUCAGCUGGUGUUCUUAAAUCCUUGGACUUUGCAGACAGCUGAGUUAUGGAUGAUGAGUACGACGUUGUUGUUUUAGGAACAGGUUUAAAAGAAUGUAUACUUAGCAGCCUAAUGUCUAUGGAAGGGAAAAAAGUCCUCCAUAUUGAUAAGAACAGUUACUACGGUGGUGAUAUCACAUCCGUAAAUAUCGACUCCUUGUUCCAGUACUUUGACGUUGAGACAGACAUUUCUAAGUAUCACCGUGCUAAAGACUGGAAUGUUGAUCUGGUUUCGAAGUUUCUAAUGGCGAAUGGAAAAUUGGUCCAAAUCCUUGUUCAUACCGGCGUGACGCGAUACUUAGAGUUUAGAAGUGUAGAAGGAAGUUAUGUUUAUCAUUCAGGUUGUGUCUACAAAGUACCAUGUAAUGAAAGUGAAGCACUUAGUACAAAACUAAUGGACCUUUUCGAAAAGCGUCGGUUCAGAAAGUUGUUGGUCUGGUCGAUGAAUGUUGAUGUAGAUAAUCCGUCUACAUGGAACUAUGUGUAUCCUCCACCAAUGGAUAUUAAAAAGGAUACUAUUUCUCACGCUUUUAGUAGUUUUAAUAUCAAUAAAGAAACCCAAAAUUUUAUAGGACAUGCAAUAUGUCUGUUCCAAGAUGAUUCAUACAAAGAAAAUGUCCCUGCUAUCGAGGUGAUAAGUCGUAUGCAACUGUAUAGCCAGUCCGUUUGUCGAUUCGGUAAAUCGCCAUAUCUCUAUCCCCUCUAUGGACUGGGGGAAUUGCCUCAAGCGUUUGCUCGCCUGUGCGCUGUGUACGGUGGAACUUAUAUGCUCAAUAAACCGAUUGAUGAACUAGUGAUGGAAAAAGGAAGAGUUGUUGGGGUCAAAUCAGAUAAUAAAAUUGCAAAAUGUGGUAUGGUUAUUUGCGAUCCAAGUUACGUGCCCACUAUGGUGAGAAAAGUCGAUCAAGUUGUUCGCGCUAUCUGCAUUCUGACACAUCCUAUUGCGGAAGUACAGAACUCUCUUUCAACCCAAAUUAUUAUUCCUCAAAGUGAAGUUAAUCGAAAACAUGAUAUUUAUAUUUCAUGCGUAUCUCAUCAGCAUAAUGCCUGUCCUGAAAAUUUCUUUGUGGCACAUGUUGCAACAAUCGUUGAGACAUCUUCUCCAGAGAAAGAGCUCGAACCCGGUUUAGCACUUCUUGGAACCAUUGAGCAAGUGUUUUAUUCUGUACAGGAUCUUUUUGUGCCAACAGAUGAUGGUCGUGAAUCUCGGGUUUUCAUUUCGUCAAGUUAUGAUGCUUCUACACAUUUUGAGUCUACUUGUGCUGAUGUUUUAGAUUUGUAUGAACGUAUAGUUGGAAAACCGUUUGAACUUAGUAAAUUAAAAAGGUAUGAAGAAGUGAAUGAAUAACUCGGUUUCUGAAAGUUGUCUUCAUGAUAAAAAUCUGAUUAUCCUUCUUUGAAACAGAUAUGUUAUUUUCUGUUGUCCACGUAUUUAUUCAUCGUUGUCAGUUGUGUGAUAUAUAAUCUUACAAUCGCAAUUCGAAUAUAUCUGUAUGCUUUGAUUUGUUUGUCAGUGGCAUAUUAUCCAAUUUAACGACACUUUUCUUAAUACUUUACAUUCUUUUAGGUUUUUCAAGCUGAUUUAUUUUUCAUUCCUUAUUUGACUUUCAGGUUGAAAUUUCAAUGUGAUAUGCUUUCUUUUUAAUCUAUUUUUCAAUUGCAUAACUUUUUGCUUUAAGUAUAUAGCUAACAUAUUUUACUUCACUAAUUCUCUUAUCUGAUCAUUUCCUCUUUAUACAUAUAUUCAAUAUAUAUGUUUUUUGUUUCAACUGACUUCCCAAUCUAACGAUAUCAAUGUAUCUCCGGUGUUCAAAUUGAAGUGUGUGAUUGUCUUAGUUUAUUAUGGUUCCAUCCAACUCAUUGAAGAUGUGAUUUCAUUUGUGGGUUUCUCAAUUUAUAGUGUGAUUUCGCUUAAUAAUAGUUUUAAGUUGAAUUAUAAUCACCUGUGUUUUUUCUACUCGACCUGACUUAAUAAUACUUCCUGUGAUAAUAAUCUACGCGCGAUCAUGUAAUAAUUCAGUAAUCUAGUCAUAAUGUAUAUUCCUUUCAUCACAUCACUUAUCUUUAACUGUGUUAACCAAUUUAGUUUUAACUAACACAUUCGAUCUGUUAUAUGACAGAGAUCUGUAAACUGUAUAUUAUCCUAACAAAUAAAUAGGUACUUGUCUUUUAAAAAAUCCAAAUGGAUAAAUUGUCAACUCAGAUAUAACUAGCUUUUAUUCAUUUACUGGACGGUUUAAAUCAGUUGUGUGCUCACUUAUCUGUAGAUCUUGCGAGCUAAGUAAUUUAGUUAGCAUCUUCAUCAAGUCAUUCCCUCUUAUAAUAUAUUUGUACAUAAAGCAAAUUUCCAUUCGUUUUGAUCUUGCAUUUUUCCACUCGCCGAAUGUGGUGGAUGUGUUGUACUCUAGUAUAGGAG